AUGGUGAUGGUGGUGAUGGUGAUGGUAGUGAUGGUGAUGGUGAUGGUGAUGAUGAUCGUCAUCGUUGUCAUGAAGAUGCUGCUGCGGCUCAUCGCGGCCGUCAACAUCAUUAUGGCCGCAGCACGACGCCGCAAGAUGGAAAAGGAGCGCGAGAAGAAGAAAGCCCGCUCAAAGUCAAAGGGCAAGGACACCACGGACUACGCCCGCCUCCUCGUUCCGCUUGCCGCCGUCGAUCUCCAGUGGUACACCAACGUGUACGCCGACGCCUCGCUCAAGCGCAAGCACGCGCUCUCCAUCACCGGCAAGCUUGCGCCAUAUGCCAUCGCGCUUCCGUCGCGGGUUGAGCUCGCCAAAUGGCUCGGCGCCGUUGUUGGCUAUCUCUCUGAGGAUCUGGAGGGUGUCCACAUUCCGCUCUCGCACCCGACGCUCGAGCGUCCGAUGCGCGCGUCUCGCCGAGCGUCGCGCCUCUCUCUCUCUUCACUCCGCAUCAAGCUGGAAGAGGAGCGGGCGCUGCUCAAGGCCCAGAUGCAGACUCCACCCGGCGGCGCCGGCCAGCUCCUUCUUCCCCGUUCCGCUGCUGAAGCCACCGCCGCCGCUGUUGCUGCCGAGGCCGCUGCCGCCCGCAAGCUCUCUGCUGCCGAGGCCGAGGCUGCCGCCCGAGCCGCCGCCAUCGUUGAUGCCGCCCGUAAGGAGGCUGCCGCCAUCGUCGCCUCGGCAGAGACCGACGCGGAGGCCAUGCUCAUUUCGGCGCGCCACGAGGCCGAUGGCAUGAUGCAGGCUAAGGUCAAGGAGGUCGCGGCCUACAAGUCUGCUGUUGUCGCCAAGCUCAAGGAGAUCCGCCUCUUGCUCUCGCAGCAGCGCGAGAAGAUUCUCAAGCGUGAGGGUGUCAUCCGCGCCCAUCAUGCCAAGGAGCUUGCCGCCGUCAAGGAGGCACACGCCAAGGAGCUCGCAGCCGCUCGGGCUGCUAGUGCCGUAGCAGACCCUGCUGCCGACGAUCAAGCACUGCUCUCAGACGCUGUCUUUGCCUCCCUGGCGGCUCAGAUUGAGGCUGCCGCGGUCACUUCCCGCUCUGACACCAUUGGCGACGACUCGCUCCUUGUCCAAAUGGAAGAGUACUUGGCUUCAGACCACGUUGUCGCCGCCACAAACCGGCUUCGCAAAACCUCGGCCCACGGCUCCGCCAUCGAGCGCUCGCCCAGCAGCACGGCUUCGGCCUCGUCGUUGGACGCAUCGGACGACGACGGCGAUGCGCCGUCCUCUGCCACAGUUGCCGGCGUCACCGCCGAUGCCAACGAGCCGGUCUCUGACUCUGGCUCUGGCUCUGGCUCUGGCUCUGGCUCGGGUUCGAGCUCGGGUUCCGACUCGCGCUCUGACAGCAACGACAACAUCGAUGACUUUGACUCGCUCCGCUCCUCACUCCGGCGCGACAAGAUCCGCAUCUCGGUUCAGCUGUCGUAGUCCUUGCACCACGGCUGUAGAGCUACAAUCACCCGAAUCAGCUCUCGCAGUAAACCACCGUCCGGUUA